AUGAGCAUCAGCACAUUUAACUUUCAGUUCUACAACUACAAGCUGCCAGUGGGCAUGCCUAAUAUGGCCACUAGCUUCAGUGAGCUAGAAAUGGACAUUGACGAGGAAUUGGGCAUGCCAACGAUUAGCUCAACACCGCACCCCAAGGCAGCAACGCCACGCUACACUAGCGAGCUCUCACUACCCAUUACGCAGAAGCCUCAGCUGGAGGCGUUGCGACCGAAACUGCAUACGCCGCACAAGCGCUGGUCUAUGGAGCUGCGCGAGAAGUGCCUAGAAAUGUCCAAGCGCAAUAAUGGCUCCGACGAGGAGGACCAAGGAGGCGCCAACGCCAAGCUACAGCAACGCUUUAUGCAACAGCUGCAACAGCAGCCUGAGGCUGACAAUCUGACGGCAGCGACUGAACAACCGGGGUCUGCAGUUCGCAGUGUUAGUGACAAAAUUAACUUUUUCAACAAACUGACUAAUACCUAUGAAUCUGCUGUGGCCUGCAAUACACAGGCCAGCGGCAACAGCAAUGGCAACAGCAAUCGUUUUAUAUCAUUGUUGCGCUCUAGUCGCCCACUAAAUGUGGCCACUGCUCAAAUGCCGCCACCGAAGCCGAAGCGCUUAGGCGCAACAACAGGCACCAGCAUGGCAGAGGCCAUGCCCCAUCAGUUUGCCACGCCCAGCGCCAAAACGCCGCCAGCCAACAAUAGCACGCUGCAGCGCAAAAACAGCACACUACGCCGCAAGCCCUCCAUGGAAAAAUCACGUGCCACCAUUGCCAGGCAAAAUUCAAAUGCAGCAUUGCGACCACAGCGUCAUGCCAUGAUGGAGGACUUGAGCCUGGUGGUGCCUGUCAGACUGCGCAUUGCCGAAUACGAGCAGCGCAUCUCGAUGAGUGCAUGAACACAGGCAACGAGACAGAUUUGUAGCCCAACUGGCCGUUUAAUUGAUCGAAUUUAGUGCAAGCAUUUGUUC